UUUACUAUCUGGUAUUAAUUAUUCAUAUUGGACAAAUUAUGGGCAAUAAGUUAAGCUCUGCCAUAUCAAAUAAGUUUUCAAAGCAUUCUGGAAGUGCACAUGGUAAAAGAGGGACCAAAAGAAAGCUUGAAAUUGACUCGGAUAAAUCAGACAACGAAGAGAAAGUAGAGGGAGUUGUGGGACGUUCGGAGGAAAGCCCCUCCCCAACAAAGUCGGAUCUGGAAGUUGGUUUAGCCCCACUCUCAGACAUUCAUACACCUAAAAGAAAAAGACUCAAAUCAACAUCAAAGUACAUUUAUCAGACAUUAUUUCUUGAUGGGGAAAAUAGUGAUAUCAAAAUAUAUGCACUAGAACAAGAGUGGAAACUUCACAAAAUAUAUCUCUCUCAGUCGCCUUACUUUGCCUGCAUGUUCAAUGGUUCCUGGAGGGAAUCUCUUCUGUCUGAAAUAGACUUACAGAUUCCUGACCCAGCCAUAGACACUGCAGCUCUGAAGACCGCCUUUGGUUCUCUGUACAGGGAUUAUGUGUUUAUCAAGCCAGUGGAGGUGGUAGGGGUUCUGGCGGCAGCAUUUCUCCUACAGCUGGAUGGUUUAAAGCAGCAGUGUUUGACUUUGAUGAGUAACACUAUAAGUGGAGACACAGUGUGUAGCUACCAUGAAGCCUGCUGUAGAUACAGUGUGGAGAACCUGAAAGCAGAGUGCUAUAACUGGCUCCUUACCAACAUCCUGACCUCAACCGACCUUGACCUCUUUAAACAAAUCAGUGUUGACAUGAUGAAAAACUUAGUUGGAGAUCCCAGAUUGUUUGUUAUGCAGGUAGAAAUGGAUGUGUACACAGUGUUAAAACGGUGGAUAUUUCUGAAAGAGAAUCCUACCUGGUGUGGAGACUAUAAAUCAAUGCUCUCUGUCAUUGAUGAUUUCUUUAAAAGGGCUGAUGAACCCGACUGUUAUCUAGAAUCUUCUGAAGGACAGACAUACCUACCAGCCUUCAGUCCUAUAAGAUGGCAGCAUAUUGUCAUAGAUCUGGACUCACUGCUGAUACUGGAACAGGACAGGAUAAUCAAUCUAGAGUGGAUUAAGCCUUUAUAUCAUGGCAUGUGGAGAAAAAUGUUGAAAUUAGAACAAUCCAAGGACAAAGGUCCAGAGGAAAUUCCAGAUGAAAAUCAUUUUAAUCAAACCUCCUUAAGGUGUGGGAGACUCCUUAAAUGUGAAGGAGAGUACUGUUGGCGUUGGGUUGGUUAUAAUUAUGGAGUAGACAUUUUACUCACCUAUGUUAACAACCUGAUCUUCAUCAAGCGAAAUACUCUCACCCAGCCCAACCCUCACUCAGCUAGCCUGGAAAAAGUCCGAAAUUUUGCCUACAGGCUGACUGUGGCUUCUGUGGAUAAAGAUGGAAAAGUAACGGAGACUAAAACUACAGAGAUCCAGAAACUGUCCCUACAUAAGGAUGAGGUAAUAUCAGAUACUUAAUGUCAGGGCCCACUUUUUAUAAUAAU